AUGUAUUUUAAUAGAAUUUUUCAGAAUUAUCACAUACAAAAAAAUUUUGGAAAUGUAUUGAAGAGAAGGAUAUUGUUUAAUAAAAAUUAUGUAAGUACAUUUAAUAAAUUAAACAAGGUUGAAGAAUUAUAUAUUUUAAAAAAAGUUGAAAAAUGUAAAAAUUUGGUGAAGGAAGGAUAUGAAUUUAAAGUAGGUAUAUGGUUGAACACUUGUAGUUUGUUAAUAUUAGGUAUGAUAAGUAUAGGAGGAUAUACUAGAUUAACUGAAAGUGGUUUAUCAAUAACCCAUUGGAAAUUUCAGGGUAUAAAAUAUCCAAGAAGUAAUGAAGAAUGGAUGGAAGAAUUUGAAAAAUAUAAAAUGACCCCUGAAUAUAAAGAAGUUCACUAUAACAUUUCAUUAGAUGAAUAUAAGAAAAUAUUUUUUAAUGAAUGGUUGCAUAGAAUGUUUGGUCGUGGUAUUGGAUUAUUUUUUGUUAGUGGUGCUGGUUAUUUUUUAUUUAAACGCUCUUUGAAAAAAAACAUGAUUAAAAAAUUAAGUUUCGUUUUAACAUUAGGGAUAUUUCAAGGUUUAGUAGGUUGGUGGAUGGUAAAAAGUGGUUUUCAUAAACCUGAAACUGAAAACAAAACUCCAAGGGUUUCUCCAUAUAGAUUAGUCUUUCACUUGUUGUGUGCAACUGUAACAUAUAGCUAUACAUUUGUUAAUUCUUUAACAUUAAUUGAAUUAGGAAAAUUAAGAAGGCAAUUUAAAAAAAGCAAAUUAAGUAGUUGGUCCGAAUUUUUAAGAAAUGAACUGAUACACGGAAUGUAUGAAAAAAGAAAUAUUACUAAGAAAAUGAAAUUAGGGUUAUUUGCAUUUACCCUGUUGACUUUUUCUAAUAUUUUGUAUGGAGGUUUUGUGGCAGGUAAUGAUGCAGGUUAUGCUUACAACACAUGGCCAAAAAUGUUAGAUAAAUUUGUUCCUGAUGAUGUAAGAAAUUUUUAUAUGCAAAAAAAAAAAAAAUAUAAGCAAUUAUUUGAAAAUACUGCAGUAGUACAAUUUAAUCAUAGAAUGCUUAGUUAUAUAAUUGUUUUAAAUAGUUUUCUAUUGUAUUAUUAUUCUAAAACAUUAUCUUUGAGUAAAAAAACAAGACGGUUUUUUUUCUUACUACCAAUUAUUACAACUACUCAAAUGCUAACAGGUAUAAGUGUUGUAAUUCAUCAUGUUCCCAUAUAUUUGGCCUUAGUUCAUCAAUUCGGAGGUUUUUGUGUUUUAUCUACCCUUUUACAUUUACUCAAAAGAAUAUAUAUGAUAUAA